AUGGCAAGCGCUAAAGAGUUCAAAGUCGUAUUGGCAGGCCAGUUUGGCACGGGCAAGACUACGUUUGCCACGCGCGUCAAGUCGGCCAAAGCGGAUUCAAAGGAGAUCAAGGCGCUCAAGACAACCCAGUAUCCCGUGACGCUUCAGACCUCGGCCGGGUCGGUGACGCUCCGACUGUUUGACACCAACUUGCACGCAAAGGGCGGUCUACCGGACGACGGCUUCUUCCGAACAGCUGAUGCUGCCAUCGUGUUCUUCGAUCUGACCAAAGAGGACAGCUACACAGCCAUGGAGGACUGGUACGACGCUGUUAUCAAGGCCAACGGACGCAAGGGCAGCGAGCCCCUACCCAUCCUAGUCGUCGGUACAAAGGCAGACGACAUCAAGGGCCGAGAUAUCAAGCCAGAAGCGAUCGAAUUCCCACGCAAGAAGGAGCUCCCUUACCGCGAGAUCUCGUCCAAUGCUAAUUACGGCGUCAAGGAACUUCUGCUCGAUGUCUGCAAAGCCCUGCUUGGUGAUUCUGUUCAACUCACCGACCAAGUAGAACUGGACAAGCCAAAGAUCGACAAGAUUGACCAAGAGCAGCUCGAGAAGCUUUACAGCGAGUACGAAAAGGCCUCCAAGUGA